UUACCCCAAAACGGUUCAUGGCUUCCACGAGCAUGCUUGUUAGAGGGUAGUGUCCGGCUGAGGACACAUAAUGUAACGCUGUGUUACCAACAGGAUCCGUACAUGUGAAAUCUAAGUCCAUCAGUGAACGACCAAACAGGAUUUUAACAACGUCGAUCUUUCCCAAAUGGCAGGCCCACAUCAGAGCGUUUCGACCAGAACUGUCUGCCAUGUUCACGUUUGCGUUUUUCACCAGAAACAAGCGGACAAGUUUUCUUCGGGUCGCCGACAUAUUAUCAUCCAAAAGACACGCACUGAUCAAUGGUGUCUGUCCAUCUUUAUCAGUUUCAUUUACAUCGGCUGCUUUGCAAUCUAGAAGAUACUUCACCAUGAACACCCUUCCUUGUUUGAUAGCCUCGAUCAGCAUGGUAUAUACCGACCUAAUGCAAGUGUUUCUACUUGAUUCACCGCGAUUACCUUGUAACAGAUGAUAUUGCUAUGACCUUUGUACGCUCGCUUUUGAAGAGGGGAUUUGUUGAUUACCGACUCCGUCGAUUAUAUUGUACAGUUAAAAUGGACCUAAUUUGUUCUUGGAUGGUAAUUUGCCUCGCAUGGGUGCAUUCUAAUUAACUUCUAAUUGCAUCUGGCAGUGUUAAGAUACAACGGCAAAACAAUAUCGAUCUCAAACAGGCGGAAUUAUUGCACGAACAUUCGCAACGUGACGAUCUAGGAUGCACGGUUAAACCCAUUCGGAUUUGGUUCGUAUUUUGCGUGGCACAAGGGUCCAAGAACAAAGCUCUCUGUAUUCAACACUACAUAACAGAGGAAAUACAGCGUAUUUAUACAAACCUUUAGGACCGAAAUUCUCCAAAAAAGUUUUUCCUACAAAUUGUUAUAAUUUUUCAAUUCGGAAAAACAAGAUGGCGGACUAAAAACCCACAAUGCAUCGCGUUGCGAUACUCAUUAUGACGUCAUCCCACCGGAAAUUUUUCGGUGAAAUUCGAGUGAUCUGAUUGGUUAAUAUUGUGUGAUGUCAUAGAGGUGUUUGUUAACGAAGCAAGAACGAAGAAAUCUUGUAAGAAAUCAUUGAACCAGAGCGAAAAGCUUUGGGAAAUUGCAUCAAAUUUUGGUGGAAAUUGCCCCCAAAAUCAUGUUUUCUUUGAGGAAUACCGACGACCUCAAAGCCUCUACAGCCUGGUCAUCACAAUGCAAUCCAGAACCACCAGUGCCUGGUGAAAGCAUGCCAGACCCACAGGGGUUACCUAAAUCUGACACAGCAAUGGAAAACCCUGAAUGGAAAAAAGCCAGAGAAGCUUUAGCGAAGAUUUCCCCCCAGAACACCAGUAAUGAUAUAGUGACCGGGUCAAAUGGCACGUGCUCAGCCACAACUUCGGUGCCACCACCUGUUCUGCCUAAUUAUGGAUUCCCUUAUAAUUAUCAGAAUUACUAUAACCAAUACCCCCCACCACCCUCAUAUAAUUUUCCCUAUCAACCUUAUCAUCACCGUCCAAUGGGUAAUCAAGUGCAAAUGACACCACCUCAAAACAAUGUUCCUGCAAGACCUCGUUACUACAUUCCACCUGUUCCACCACCACAAGCUUCUAGAACUUCUGUCCAGUAUGGACAAAAUACAAACACAAAUUACAUGCCAAAAAGUCAACAGAGUGCGCCAGUCAAUUCAUCUCCAAGUCCAAUGGAGGUUGAUCAGAGGUCAACACAACCACCACCUAAAACAGAGUCAUUCAAAGCUGCAAUACCACCACCUAAAAGCUACAAUAUGUAUCAGACACAACAUCAGAGAAUUGUUGAGAAGGAGCCUCAACUGGAGAAACACAUGGAUCCACCACCGGCUCCUUCUUAUUUUAAUGUUCUAAAAAAUGAAAAGCAGCCGUUUUGGAUGAAGGGAAGAAGAGACCAGCCCCCUGUAUUGAAACCAAGUUGGGAUGAAGAGCAAGCAAGCCCACCAGCUGCAAAGAAAAUAAAAAAUACUCCUGCAAACACUCGGGAGCCUGAGGACAACAACAACGCACCGAAAAUAUCUCCACAAGACUGGCCACCAAGUCUAAAGGACUAUGUACAACGUGCCUUUGAUCAGUGUGAGAGCGAGAAACACAAAGAUAUUACAGAGAAUCACCUAAAAAGGAUGCUAACCCGGGCAUUCAAGGAGGGAAGUGCAUGGGGAAUCAACUGGGAUAAGGAACCACUACCCAAUGUGAGACAGGAUCCUGAGUUGAAACGUUCAAAACUUCAACAGCGUCUUGGUCAACGUCAGCCUAGCAUUGAAAGGCAUCGAUCAAGAAGUGGCAGUUCAAGCAGAUCCUGCAGCCCUCAAGCGAGCGUCUCAAGUAACAGCAGUUCUCCUGAGAACAGGAAACAAGGCAACAGGAGAGCAAAAAAUAAACAAAAAGUCCACGAAAGCGAACCGGUGAUGAAGAAAACCAAGUCUCGUGGAAGACAUCGUCAAAAUAAGAAAAAGGAGAACAAGGAGAAUAUGUUUGCCCCUGUGGAUCCAGAGAGCCAUGAACGAAAGCAGAAGAGAGCGGCUCGAUUCCUUGAGAGUGCGAACAUUAGUAGCCCAAGUUUGUUUGGAAGUCUUCUUGAGAACCUAAAUUCUUCGCUUCUAAAUGGCAACGAGGACGAGGAGAGCAUUGACUGGACUAAGUUUCAUAUCAUUGGUACCUGUGAAGAUCUGGAGAAACGUUACUUUAGGUUAACUGCGCCUCCUGAUCCGUCAACCGUACGACCUUUGGAGGUGCUGAGGAAAUCUUUGGAGAUGGUUAAAGACGAUUGGAGAACCAAACAGGAUUACAGAUACGCUUGUGAACAGCUGAAGGCCAUUAGGCAGGACUUGACCGUUCAAGGCAUCAGGAACGAUUUUACGGUGUUGAUCUACGAGACGCACGCUAGAUUAGCGUUGGAAAAGGGUGAUAGCGCGGAGUUCAACCAGUGUCAAUCUCAGUUAAAAUCGCUAUAUUCCGGAGGUCUUUGUGGACAUAGAAAUGAGUUUACAGCUUAUCGAAUACUCUAUCUCAUCUACACCAAAGACACACGAGAGCUUACAAUGACGAUGUCAGCUCUCACGGCUGAAGAGAAAGACGAGCCGUUCAUAAAGCAUGCGUUAAAAAUGCGCUCCGCGUGGUCUCUGUCAAAUUAUCAUUCUUUUUUCCAGCUUUAUUCGUCAGCACCCAACAUGGGCGGAUAUCUUUUGGACUUGUUUGUUCAACGCGAGCGAGAGAGGGCGAUCAAGAUGCUCAUAAAAUCUUAUCGCCCUUUAUUGCCCGUCGCAUUCGUUCAAUCGGAGUUAGCGUUCGCGGACGAAGCGACAUGUCAGGAAUUCCUCAAGGGACUGGGUCUUAUUCUUAACGCCGAUAAUACGAAGUUGGACUGCAAGCUAUCACAAGCCGUUUUAUCAUCCUCAUCAUCGGCAAGCUAGCGCUUCCGAUUUAGAGUAGAGAAUCCAAAUUAUCCCUCAAAUAUUUAUAUAUUUAUGUAUAUGUUGUAUAUAUGGAGAAGAUCUUAUUAAGAGUGGACAAAUGCGCAUUGCAUGGCAACGUGUUCGUGUCUGGUCGUGGUUUGUCGUCGUCGUCUCCCGUAACCCUCGUCGUCCUCCUGUGGAUUCCGUCCCCCGUGGUUUACCUUAUCCUCGUUAUCCUGCGUCGUCCUUCACAAUCUCACUUUGUAUAAGUUCACCCUGUUAUUACCAUUGUUACCCAUGUUAUUCAUCAUCAUCAUCCUCACGUGAUAUCAUUUGUUAUGCCUUGUUACCCUACGUUAUCAGUCGUCAUUCUUGGUUAUCCAAUGGCAUCCUUGUUACAUCCGUCAUCAUCUCUGGUUACUACUUGUCAUCCCUGAUUUCUUGGUUAAAAGUUAAGUUGAAUAUCAAUGGUAUAUGGCAGAUUAAAGCAGUAUGUUUGUCUAAUCAACAGCGCCCUAAUUUGAUUUAAAGUGUCCCUCAGUUUGGGUGCAUUGGUCAGUUGUGGUGUUAUGUGUGCAAUUCUAGAGUUUUCUAGGUGAUUUUGUGUUUCCCUCAUCACCCUUGGUUAAACCACCUACUACGACGUUGGUGUUCUACAGAGUUCCUUCAUCCCAUGCAUAUGUGCAUUUGUCAAUCUGAAACAUUAUGGAACAUUAGUAAUAUAUAAGAUGUCUCGAGAGUGUGUUUGUGCGGGGAAUACGAUAUUCUGAUAUCGGUCAAGAUGAGAUUUCUAAUUUGAUAUUUUGAUAUUAAAAACAGGUUUAUAUA